AUGAGUUCCGGGGAUCCUAAAUAUCCGAUGGCACGGGCUCUCGACACGCUUGAUCCUGAUAAGAAAAUACGAACAGAAGCUGUAUCGAAUGCUCAAAACCCAUGCCAAAAUUUUUCUUCUAAAGACGAGCUCGUAAUACCCGGCAAUGAUCUUCAGAAUGAUGACAAUUCGGGUGCUGAAAUCGAUUAUGAUGAUGACAACGAGGAUAUUGACGAAAUUGACGAAGACCACGGGCUUACGAUGGACGAUGAACUCGAUGAGAGCCUACUUGUCGAGCAUGUUUUGAAUGGGGAACCUAGAUUGGAUUUUGAAAAGCAAGGGUUUUCCAAUGGAAAGGAUAAUGAUGACAAUGACAAUGAGAGUAGCGAUGAAAAUGAAAGCAGUGAUGAGGAUGAGAGCAGCGAUGAGGAUGAGGAUGAGGAUGAGGAUGAGGAUGAGGAUGAGGAUGAGGAUGAGGAUGAGGAUGAGGAUGAGGAUGAGGAUGAGGAUGAGGAUGAGGAUGAGGAUGAGGAUGAGGAUGAGGAUGAGGAUGAGGAUGAGGAUGAGGAUGAGGAUGAGGAUGAGGAUGAGGAUGAGGAUGAGGAUGAGGAUGAGGAGGGCGAAGACGAGAGCGAAGAUGAGAUUGCUUCUUCUUCCUCUUCUUCCGAUGAUUCAAGUGAUACCAGCUCUUCACGAUCUAGUUCACGUUCAUCGUCAAGUUCAUCCUCUGAUACUUCUGGUCCUGAAGAAGAGCCAUCUAUAUCCCAUCAUCCCAAUGACGUGUCUCAAUGGGUCCCGCCUGGGCAAGGAAAGGCACGCACAAGACGAAAAAACCAAAAAAGACGGGGGAAACUACGUGCCCAAUAUGAAGCGCAGUCCCAAGGUUCGCUUCUUUGCUCUGAGGAUGCCGGUCCAUCAGCCCAGCUACCGCCUGGUGGGGGGGCGCUUGACAUUACGCCUGCAUCCACUGCCUGUAUCAGUUCUACCAAUUCAUCCCUUGAAUCAAUUGCGAAGCGGAUGCUUGCUCGCACAACAGUAGGCCUGUCCCUGCGGUUGAUACAGGGUUUGUGA